CCUUUUUCUCCUCCUCACAUUGACAAGAUUCACACUGAUAUCCUCCAAAAUGGAAGUAAGUGCACUAUGGUGUGGGAUGGUAGUCUUAGCAAUAUUGGUGUGGUAUGCAUGGAGAUUCAUAAAUUGGGUAUGGUUGAAACCAAAGAAGAUAGAAAAACGUCUAAGAGAACAAGGCCUGAAGGGAAGCUCCUACAAAUUCUUGUUCGGAAACUUGAAAGAGGUAGUUAGCAUGUUAAAAGAUUCCAAAUCUAGACCCAUAAAUCUAAAUGAUGAAAUUGUUCCCCGAGUAGUACCCUUUGACCACAAAUGCAUCACUACUUAUGGGAAGAUUUGUUUCACAUGGAUGGGGCCGAGACCUGUGGUGCAUAUAGCUGAACCUGCUAUGGUAAGGGAGGUCUUGGGAAAUAACUAUCAAUUUCAAAAGCCGAGAGGAGGAAACCCUUUAAUAAAGACACUAGCGGCAGGUCUAGCAGAUGCUGAAACUGAUCGAUGGAGCAAACACAGAAAAAUAAUCAAUCCUGCUUUUCACAUCGAGAAGCUCAAGCAUAUGGUGCCUGCAAUUUAUGUGAGCUGUGUGGAGAUGAUCACUAAAUGGGAAGAAGGAUUAAAGAAGGAAAGCUCGUGUGAAGUGGAUGUGUGGCCUUAUCUUCAAACAUUAUCCAGUGAUGUUAUUUCACGUACAGCAUUUGGUAGUAGCUUUGAAGAAGGGAAGAGAAUAUUUGAACUACAACGUGAAUUAGCAGAGUUAGUCAUACAUGCUAUACAAUCAAUCUAUAUUCCUGGAUCUAGAUUUUUGCCAACAAAAAACAAUAAGAGGAUGAAGAAGAUUGACCAAGAUGUGAAGGCUUCCAUAAGGAGUAUCAUUGAUAAACGGAUUAUGGCAAUGAAAGCUGGGGAAAGUAGUAAAGAUGACUUGUUGGGCAUACUUUUGGAUUCCAAUUACAAAGAAAUUAAACAACAUGGGAAUAGGAAUUUUGGAUUGACUAUCGAUGAAGUUAUUGAAGAGUGUAAGCUUUUCUAUUUUGCUGGACAAGAGACCACCGGGAAUUUACUUGUUUGGACAAUGAUCUUGUUGGGUCAACAUAAACAUUGGCAAGAGCGAGCCAGAGAGGAAGUUUCACAAAUCUUUGGGAAGAAAAAACCAGAAAUCGAUGGAUUGAAUCGUUUAAAGAUUGUUAACAUGAUUCUUCACGAGGUUCUUAGACUAUACCCACCAGUAGUAGGACUAGGACGAAUGAUCCACAAGGAAACCAAAUUAAGGGACAUAACGCUACCUACUGGAACGUUCAUCCAAUUGCAAACUAUGAUUUUACACCAUGACCAUGAUAUAUGGGGUGAUGAUGUGAAUGAGUUCAAGCCUGAAAGAUUUUCUGAAGGUGUCUCAAAGGCGACUAAGGGACAAACAUCAUAUAUUCCUUUUGGUGGGGGUCCACGCAUAUGUAUUGGAUUAAAUUUUUCUUUGAUGGAAGCGAAGAUGGCUCUGGCUAUGAUUCUGCAACACUUCUGCUUUGACCUCUCGCCAUCCUAUUCACAUGCUCCACAUACCGUUGUUACUCUUCAACCUCAGUUUGGGGCUCAUUUGAUUUUGCAAAAAGUCUAGAAGAUCUGUAUUUAAGCACAUGUUUUGUUGCGGAAUUUCUUAUUGAGGGCUUGUUGUAUAUUUUAAAUCACAUUACUUGGAUAGUGAUAAAUUAAUCUGUUUUUAACACUUUCCUUAUAAAUUAUUUGUACCC